AUGGGAUUCAAACUGGUGUUUCCGACAUGGGAGUCAGGCGUACUAACGAAGAGGCUAAAGGCUACAGCCUCUAGCGCCAGUCGCCAUGAACUCUUUGAAGCAAAAAUUAUUUCUAAAGACAUGUUUAGUAAGCUUAUCAAUGAAGAAGUACAAGACGAUGAUAUUAACAAAAUGGAAUCCAUUCAAAAGUACCUAGGGGCAACAAACUGUAUUGCUGGUGUUCAUAUCCAGUCUACCAAACAGAACAUGAGCAUCUAUGAAGCUAAAAAUAGGGGAAUUCUGACUCCUGGAACAUCUCUGGUUUUGCUAGAGGCACAGGCUGCCACUGGCUUUAUGAUCGACCCAGUGAAGAACAAAAAACUGUCAGUAGAGCAGUCGGUGGCCGAUGGCAUUGUUGGGAUGGAAUGGAAGAGCAAACUGCUCUCUGCAGAGCGGGCAGUCACUGGUUACACUGACCCCCACACAGGGAAAACAAUCUCUUUGUUCCAGGCCUUGAAAAAAGAUCUUAUUGUCAAGGACCACGGCAUUCGUCUUCUAGAAGCUCAGAUUGCUACAGGAGGCAUCAUCGAUCCUGUACACAGUCAUCGUGUUCCUGUGGAAGUGGCAUACCAAAGAGGGUACUUUGAUGAGGAAAUGAACAAAAUCCUUUCCGAUCCAGAUGAUGACACAAAGGGCUUCUUUGAUCCCAACACACAGGAAAAUCUCACAUACUUACAGCUUGUGGAGCGAUGUGUUAGAGAUCCAAACACUGGCCUCAGCCUCCUAGUCAUUGUCAAGAAAGGCGAGUACUACUUCUUCAUUGAUGAACAAACAAAGCAUAUCCUCAAGUCUACAACCACGAACAAAGCAGGUGGAAAAUUCCAAGGGCAGUUGGUUUCUCUCUGGGAUCUGCUGUACUCUGAUUACAUCACUGAGGACAAGAAAAGAGAUCUGGUGCAGCAGUUCAAAUCAGGCACAAUAACUGUUGAAAAAUUCUUGGAAACUGUUCUAACGUUAGUAUUGCAGAAAUCAGGAACAAGUACCUCUACCAUUAAAACAUCAACUACAAUAACCACUGAGACAACCCAAAAUACCAAUUUCCAAGGUAUCAGAAAGGAUGUGAGUUCCCACGAGAUGCUGAAUUCCAAAAUCAUUGAUGAGAAAACGUACAAAGACCUAACUUCUGGACAAGUCACAGUCGAUUAUGUAAGUGAAAUGGACUCUGUGCGAAAAUACCUACAAGGGACAAAUAGCAUUGCUGGUGUGUUUGUCCAGUCUACCAAACAGACCAUGAGCAUCUUCGAAGCCAAAAAUAAGGGACUUCUGACUCCUGGAACAUCUCUGGUUUUGCUAGAGGCACAGGCUGCCACUGGCUUUAUGAUCGACCCAGUGAAAAACAAAAAGCUGUCAGUAGAACAGUCGGUGAUCGAUGGCAUUGUUGGGAUGGAAUGGAAGAGCAAACUGCUCUCUGCAGAGCGGGCAGUCACUGGUUACACUGACCCCCACACAGAAACAAUCUCUUUGUUCCAGGCCUUGAAAAAAGAUCUUAUUGUCAAGGACCACGGCAUUCGUCUUCUAGAAGCUCAGAUUGCUACAGGAGGCAUCAUCGAUCCUGUACACAGUCAUCGUGUUCCUGUGGAAGUGGCAUACCAAAGAGGGUACUUUGAUGAGGAAAUGAACAAAAUCCUUUCCGAUCCAGAUGAUGACACAAAGGGCUUCUUUGAUCCCAACACACAGGAAAACCUCACAUACUUACAGCUUGUGGAGCGAUGUGUUAGAGAUCCAAACACUGGCCUCAGCCUCCUUGUCAUUGUCAAGAAAGGCGAGUACUACUUCUUCAUUGAUGAACAAACAAAGCAUAUCCUCAAGUCUACAACCACGAACAAAGCAGGUGGAAAAUUCCAAGGGCAGUUGGUUUCUCUCUGGGAUCUGCUGUACUCUGAUUACAUCACUGAGGACAAGAAAAGAGAUCUGGUGCAGCAGUUCAAAUCAGGCACAAUAACUGUUGAAAAAUUCUUGGAAACUGUUCUAACGUUAGUAUUGCAGAAAUCAGGAACAAGUACCUCUACCAUUAAAACAUCAACUACAAUAACCACUGAGACAACCCAAAAUACCAAUUUCCAAGGUAUCAGAAAGGAUGUGAGUGCCCACGAGAUGCUGAAUUCCAAAAUCAUUGAUGAGAAAACGUACAAAGACCUAACUUCUGGACAAGUCACAGUCGAUUAUGUAAGUGAAAUGGACUCUGUGCUGAAAUACCUACAAGGGACAAAUAGCAUUGCUGGUGUGUUUGUCCAGUCUACCAAACAGACCAUGAGCAUCUUCGAAGCCAAAAAUAAGGGACUUCUGACUCCUGGAACAUCUCUGGUUUUGCUAGAGGCACAGGCUGCCACUGGCUUUAUGAUCGACCCAGUGAAAAACAAAAAGCUGUCAGUAGAACAGUCGGUGGUCGAUGGCAUUGUUGGGAUGGAAUGGAAGAGCAAACUGCUCUCUGCAGAGCGGGCAGUCACUGGUUACACUGACCCCCACACAGGGAAAACAAUCUCUUUGUUCCAGGCCUAAAAAGAUCUUAUUGUCAAGGACCACGGCAUUCGUCUUCUAGAAGCUCAGAUUGCUACAGGAGGCAUCAUCGAUCCUGUACACAGUCAUCGUGUUCCUGUGGAAGUGGCAUACCAAAGAGGGUACUUUGAUGAGGAAAUGAACAAAAUCCUUUCCGAUCCAGAUGAUGACACAAAGGGCUUCUUUGAUCCCAACACACAGGAAAACCUCACAUACUUACAGCUUGUGGAGCGAUGUGUUAGAGAUCCAAACACUGGCCUCAGCCUCCUUGUCAUUGUCAAGAAAGGCGAGUACUACUUCUUCAUUGAUGAACAAACAAAGCAUAUCCUCAAGUCUACAACCACGAACAAAGCAGGUGGAAAAUUCCAAGGGCAGUUGGUUUCUCUCUGGGAUCUGCUGUACUCUGAUUACAUCACUGAGGACAAGAAAAGAGAUCUGGUGCAGCAGUUCAAAUCAGGCACAAUAACUGUUGAAAAAUUCUUGGAAACUGUUCUAACGUUAGUAUUGCAGAAAUCAGGAACAAGUACCUCUACCAUUAAAACAUCAACUACAAUAACCACUGAGACAACCCAAAAUACCAAUUUCCAAGGUAUCAGAAAGGAUGUGAGUGCCCACGAGAUGCUGAAUUCCAAAAUCAUUGAUGAGAAAACGUACAAAGACCUAACUUCUGGACAAGUCACAGUCGAUUAUGUAAGUGAAAUGGACUCUGUGCGAAAAUACCUACAAGGGACAAAUAGCAUUGCUGGUGUGUUUGUCCAGUCUACCAAACAGACCAUGAGCAUCUUUGAAGCCAAAAAUAAGGGACUUCUGACUCCUGGAACAUCUCUGGUUUUGCUAGAGGCACAGGCUGCCACUGGCUUUAUGAUCGACCCAGUGAAAAACAAAAAGCUGUCAGUAGAACAGUCGGUGGCCGAUGGCAUUGUUGGGAUGGAAUGGAAGAGCAAACUGCUCUCUGCAGAGCGGGCAGUCACUGGUUACACUGACCCCCACACAGGGAAAACAAUCUCUUUGUUCCAGGCCUUGAAAAAAGAUCUUAUUGUCAAGGACCACGGCAUUCGUCUUCUAGAAGCUCAGAUUGCUACAGGAGGCAUCAUCGAUCCUGUACACAGUCAUCGUGUUCCUGUGGAAGUGGCAUACCAAAGAGGGUACUUUGAUGAGGAAAUGAACAAAAUCCUUUCCGAUCCAGAUGAUGACACAAAGGGCUUCUUUGAUCCCAACACACAGGAAAACCUCACAUACUUACAGCUUGUGGAGCGAUGUGUUAGAGAUCCAAACACUGGCCUCAGCCUCCUUGUCAUUGUCAAGAAAGGCGAGUACUACUUCUUCAUUGAUGAACAAACAAAGCAUAUCCUCAAGUCUACAACCACGAACAAAGCAGGUGGAAAAUUCCAAGGGCAGUUGGUUUCUCUCUGGGAUCUGCUGUACUCUGAUUACAUCACUGAGGACAAGAAAAGAGAUCUGGUGCAGCAGUUCAAAUCAGGCACAAUAACUGUUGAAAAAUUCUUGGAAACUGUUCUAACGUUAGUAUUGCAGAAAUCAGGAACAAGUACCUCUACCAUUAAAACAUCAACUACAAUAACCACUGAGACAACCCAAAAUACCAAUUUCCAAGGUAUCAGAAAGGAUGUGAGUGCCCACGAGAUGCUGAAUUCCAAAAUCAUUGAUGAGAAAACGUACAAAGACCUAACUUCUGGACAAGUCACAGUCGAUUAUGUAAGUGAAAUGGACUCUGUGCGAAAAUACCUACAAGGGACAAAUAGCAUUGCUGGUGUGUUUGUCCAGUCUACCAAACAGACCAUGAGCAUCUUCGAAGCCAAAAAUAAGGGACUUCUGACUCCUGGAACAUCUCUGGUUUUGCUAGAGGCACAGGCUGCCACUGGCUUUAUGAUCGACCCAGUGAAAAACAAAAAGCUGUCAGUAGAACAGUCGGUGGCCGAUGGCAUUGUUGGGAUGGAAUGGAAGAGCAAACUGCUCUCUGCAGAGCGGGCAGUCACUGGUUACACUGACCCCCACACAGGGAAAACAAUCUCUUUGUUCCAGGCCUUGAAAAAAGAUCUUAUUGUCAAGGACCACGGCAUUCGUCUUCUAGAAGCUCAGAUUGCUACAGGAGGCAUCAUCGAUCCUGUACACAGUCAUCGUGUUCCUGUGGAAGUGGCAUACCAAAGAGGGUACUUUGAUGAGGAAAUGAACAAAAUCCUUUCCGAUCCAGAUGAUGACACAAAGGGCUUCUUUGAUCCCAACACACAGGAAAACCUCACAUACUUACAGCUUUUGGAGCGAUGUGUUAGAGAUCCAAACACUGGCCUCAGCCUCCUUGUCAUUGUCAAGAAAGGCGAGUACUACUUCUUCAUUGAUGAACAAACAAAGCAUAUCCUCAAGUCUACAACCACGAACAAAGCAGGUGGAAAAUUCCAAGGGCAGUUGGUUUCUCUCUGGGAUCUGCUGUACUCUGAUUACAUCACUGAGGACAAGAAAAGAGAUCUGGUGCAGCAGUUCAAAUCAGGCACAAUAACUGUUGAAAAAUUCUUGGAAACUGUUCUAACGUUAGUAUUGCAGAAAUCAGGAACAAGUACCUCUACCAUUAAAACAUCAACUACAAUAACCACUGAGACAACCCAAAAUACCAAUUUCCAAGGUAUCAGAAAGGAUGUGAGUGCCCAGGAGAUGCUGAAUUCCAAAAUCAUUGAUGAGAAAACGUACAAAGACCUAACUUCUGGACAAGUCACAGUCGAUUAUGUAAGUGAAAUGGACUCUGUGCGAAAAUACCUACAAGGGACAAAUAGCAUUGCUGGUGUGUUUGUCCAGUCUACCAAACAGACCAUGAGCAUCUUCGAAGCCAAAAAUAAGGGACUUCUGACUCCUGGAACAUCUCUGGUUUUGCUAGAGGCACAGGCUGCCACUGGCUUUAUGAUCGACCCAGUGAAGAACAAAAAGUUAUCAGUAGAACAGUCGGUGGCUGAUGGCAUUGUUGGUAUGGAAUGGAAAAGUAAAUUGCUCUCUGCAGAGCGGGCAGUGACUGGGUACACAGAUCCCCAUACAGGUCAAAUAAUCUCUUUGUUCCAGGCCUUGAAAAAAGAUCUUAUUGUCAAGGACCAUGGCAUUUGUCUUCUAGAAGCUCAGAUUGCUACAGGAGGCAUCAUCGAUCCUGUACACAGUCAUCGUGUGCCUGUGGAAGUGGCAUACCAAAGAGGGUACUUUGAUGAGGAAAUGAACAAAAUCCUUUCUGAUCCAGAUGAUGACACAAAGGGCUUCUUUGAUCCCAACACACAGGAAAACCUCACUUAUUUAAAGCUGGUUGAGCGGUGUAUUAGGGACCCAAGUACAGGGCUUUAUAUACUUGUCUUAAAAAAGUAGGUUUAAGAUUGCAUGCAACAUGCCAUGCAGAGUAACUCUGUACAUCACAUUAUUUACCUUUCUUAAUGACUACAACAUACUGUAUAGUUUGUGCUUUUUUCUCAAUGUAUUAUUGCUACACAUUUAAAGUUAUAUUAUGCUGUGCUAUGUAUGUGGGAUUCAA